CCCAACAAAAGCUCAUUGUCUAGAACUAAGAAGAAGAACCGAAGUAACCAACGGCCACGAUUACUCCAACACAAGACCAAAUCUGAUUGGUUGACAUUACAAAUCGUCGUAAGAUAAUUGGUCCACGUCAUCUCUGAUGACAUAGUUAAAUUUCUUCGUCUUCCAUAAAAAGCUUCUUCUUCAAAGCUUAAAAAACAAAAGGAAGCUCUCUCUGUGUUCAAAACAAGUUCAUUCGAUCUAUAGAGACGAAACAAAAAGAGAGAUCGUACGCAAAAGUUUCCGAUAUGGCUCGCUCGUUUGGAGCUAACAGUACCGUUGUGUUGGCGAUCAUCUUCUUCGGAUGUUUAUUUGCGUUGUCCUCUGCAAUAGAAGAGGCUACGAAGUUAGGAUCAGUGAUAGGGAUAGAUCUUGGUACUACUUACUCUUGUGUUGGUGUUUACAAGAAUGGUCAUGUCGAAAUUAUUGCCAAUGACCAAGGAAACCGUAUUACACCUUCAUGGGUUGGUUUUACUGACUCUGAAAGACUCAUUGGUGAGGCUGCUAAGAAUCAAGCAGCUGUUAAUCCAGAGAGGACUGUCUUCGACGUUAAGAGAUUGAUCGGGCGAAAAUUUGAGGAUAAGGAGGUUCAAAAGGAUAGGAAACUUGUACCUUACCAGAUUGUGAACAAGGAUGGUAAGCCAUACAUUCAAGUCAAGAUCAAGGAUGGUGAGACUAAGGUUUUCAGUCCUGAGGAGAUUAGUGCUAUGAUUCUGACUAAGAUGAAGGAGACAGCUGAAGCCUACCUUGGAAAGAAAAUCAAGGACGCUGUUGUCACUGUUCCAGCUUACUUCAAUGAUGCUCAAAGGCAAGCUACUAAGGAUGCUGGUGUUAUUGCUGGGCUCAAUGUUGCUAGAAUCAUUAAUGAACCUACUGCUGCUGCUAUUGCCUAUGGUCUUGAUAAGAAGGGUGGCGAGAAGAAUAUCCUUGUGUUUGAUCUUGGUGGUGGUACUUUUGAUGUCAGUGUCUUGACCAUUGAUAACGGAGUGUUUGAGGUUCUCUCCACAAAUGGUGACACUCACUUGGGAGGUGAGGACUUUGACCACAGGGUGAUGGAGUACUUCAUCAAGUUGAUUAAGAAGAAGCACCAGAAGGACAUCAGCAAGGACAACAAGGCUCUUGGUAAGCUCCGAAGGGAAUGUGAGAGGGCAAAGAGAGCUCUAAGUAGUCAGCACCAAGUCCGUGUAGAGAUUGAGUCACUCUUUGAUGGUGUUGAUUUUUCUGAGCCACUCACCAGAGCUCGUUUCGAGGAGCUUAACAAUGAUUUGUUCAGGAAGACCAUGGGACCUGUGAAGAAGGCCAUGGAUGAUGCCGGUCUACAGAAGAGCCAGAUCGAUGAGAUUGUCCUUGUUGGUGGAAGCACCAGGAUCCCAAAGGUUCAGCAACUGUUGAAGGACUUCUUUGAAGGUAAAGAGCCAAACAAGGGUGUGAACCCCGACGAGGCUGUUGCCUAUGGUGCUGCUGUUCAGGGUGGUAUUUUGAGCGGAGAAGGCGGUGAUGAGACCAAAGAUAUCCUUCUUCUUGAUGUUGCGCCACUCACUUUGGGUAUCGAGACUGUAGGAGGAGUGAUGACAAAGUUGAUCCCGAGAAACACGGUUAUUCCAACCAAGAAAUCUCAGGUUUUCACAACGUACCAAGACCAGCAGACUACCGUCUCCAUUCAGGUCUUUGAAGGUGAACGAAGUCUCACCAAGGACUGCAGGCUACUCGGGAAAUUCGACCUCAAUGGAAUCCCACCGGCCCCAAGAGGAACCCCUCAAAUCGAGGUCACAUUCGAAGUGGACGCCAACGGUAUUCUUAAUGUGAAAGCAGAGGACAAGGCGAGUGGUAAAUCAGAGAAGAUUACUAUCACAAACGAGAAGGGUCGUCUGAGCCAAGAAGAGAUUGACCGGAUGGUGAAGGAGGCAGAGGAGUUUGCAGAGGAAGACAAGAAGGUAAAGGAGAAGAUCGACGCCAGGAAUGCCCUGGAGACAUACGUGUACAACAUGAAGAACCAAGUGAACGACAAGGACAAGCUUGCCGACAAAUUGGAAGGAGAUGAAAAGGAGAAGAUCGAAGCAGCGACGAAAGAGGCUUUGGAGUGGCUCGACGAAAACCAAAACUCAGAGAAAGAAGAGUACGACGAGAAGCUCAAGGAGGUAGAGGCAGUGUGUAACCCAAUCAUCACAGCAGUUUACCAGAGAUCUGGCGGAGCACCAGGUGGUGCAGGAGGAGAAUCAUCGACUGAGGAGGAAGAUGAGUCUCACGAUGAGCUCUAGAUGUCUUUUGUUAUUGUUAAUUUGUUAAACCAUAGAGACGAGUUUUGAGGAUGAAACGUCGUUUUUUUUGUAUUUGGUUUCCUUUUUAUAUGGAUUUUUAGGAAAAGGGGAGAGAUUAAGUAACGUCCCUUCUUUAGUCUCCCUGGACGUUCUCUUUAUGUCUCUAUGCAUCAAAUUACAUCGAUAAAGUUUUUAAAGAGUAAGUAAAGUGGGAAGGAUCAUAAGUCGCAAGUUACAUUUUCACAAUGAAUUGGUGCCUCUGGGAAAUUGCAGAAGAGAUUAGAAAGAUUGUCGACGAAAAGAGCACCAAACCUGUUAAUGACGUACGCUUUGCCUGCAUGAUUUUAAUAACGUUUAUAUGGGAGAAAUGUGAUGUUCAAUUUCUAUGUAUAACCUCUUCUGUGCUUUUGAUGCAUACGGGAUUACAUAAUUUGGAGUUUGGUGGGUUUUUUUCUUUCUUUUUUUAGAAAUGUUGGGGAUUUUUUUCUUUUUAAUGUAUGAACUCAAUUGAAUGUGUAUAGGUCUAAAUACAAAUUGUCUAA